AUGAAGAAAGAAAAGAAUUAAUUGAUGAUAUAUAAAAAGUAUGGUAUAUUUUAGAUAAAUUUGGAUUUAGUGGCAGAGUGCUUUGAAACAUGCUUUGAUGGCUAAUUAUUAUAGAACAAAUGUGCAAAUAAUUGUUAUAAACAUUAUCUGAAUACUUUGAAAGUGAUUACAUAAGAAACAAAAGAAAGAGGUUAUAAAGUACAUUCACUUUAUGCUUACAAAAUGUUCCCAAUCAGACAACCAAGAUUCUAAUUAGUUUAUAAUGAGAGAUUUAAACCUACUGCCUUUGAAAUUGAAUUUUCAGUUGAUCCUGUAAGUUUAAAAGAAAUCUGAG